AUGGCUUUUGGACCAGCUCCCAGUCCAACCGUGGUGGACCAGACCACCCUCAUGAAGAAAUACCUGCAGUUUGUGGCAGCGCUCACUGAUGCAAACACACCUGAUGAGACCAAACUCAAGAUGAUGCAAGAAGUCAGCGAGAACUUUGAGAAUGUGACGUCCUCGCCUCAGUACUCCACAUUCUUGGAACACAUAAUCCCUCGCUUCCUCACCUUUCUUCAGGAUGGAGAGGUGCAGUUUCUGCAAGAAAAGCCAACACAGCAAUUGAGGAAGCUAGUGCUAGAAAUCAUCCACCGCAUUCCUACAAAUGAGCACCUUAGACAGCACACCAAGAACAUCCUCUCUGUCAUGUUUCGCUUCCUGGAGAUUGAAAAUGAGGAGAAUGUUCUGAUAUGCCUUCGCAUUAUCAUUGAACUGCACAAACAAUUCCGUCCUCCAAUUUCACAGGAGAUUCAUCACUUUCUAGAUUUUGUGAAGCAGAUUUACAAAGAUCUCCCAAAAGUUGUUGCUCGGUACUUUGAGAACCCUCAGGUGAUUGCUGAGAACACGGUGCCUUCUCCAGAAAUGGUUGGGAUGAUCACCUCUGUGUUGGUGAAGACUGCACCCGAGAGAGAAGACAGUGAAACACGAACGCACACUAUCAUCCCACGAGGAUCUUUGUCUCUGAAAGUGCUUGCAGAACUGCCACUCAUCGUGGUACUGAUGUAUCAGCUCUACAAACUGAAUAUUCACAAUGUGGUGUCAGAGUUUGUGCCCCUCAUCAUGAGCACCAUCAUGCUGCAGGUGUCUCCACAAGCCAGGCAGCACAAGCUUUAUAACAAGGAGCUUUAUGCGGACUUCAUUGCCGCGCAGAUCAAAACGCUGUCAUUUCUGGCUUACAUCAUUCGAAUUUAUCAGGACCUGGUAGGAAAGUAUUCCCAGCAGAUGGUGAAGGGCAUGUUACAGCUGCUCACAAACUGCCCCUCAGAGACUGCUCACCUCCGCAAGGAGCUGCUCAUCGCAGCCAAGCACAUUCUCACCACUGACCUACGCAGCCAGUUCAUACCUUGCAUGGAUAAACUUUUUGAUGAAUCCAUUCUCAUUGGCUCUGGGUACACUGCUCGAGAGACCCUUCGACCUUUAGCAUACAGCACACUUGCCGACCUCGUUCACCACGUUCGCCAGAACCUUCCCUUGACGGAUUUGUCCUUAGCCGUGCAGCUAUUUGCCAAGAACAUUGAUGACGAGUCGCUUCCGAGCAACAUUCAGACGAUGUCCUGCAAGCUUUUGCUCAAUCUGGUAGACUGCAUUCGCUCAAAGUCGGAGCAGGAGAAUGGCAAUGGCCGGGACAUCCUCAUGAGGAUGCUGGAGGUAUUUGUGCUAAAAUUUCACACAAUAGCACGCUACCAGCUCGUCUCCAUCUUCAAGAAGUGCAAACCCCAGUCCGAAAUGGGUGUUGUCGAGCCAGGGGUCCUUCCAGGUGUGCCUGCUACACCCACUCCAUCUACAACGCCUGCCAUUCUCCCUCCUGCUCCCCCCACACCCGUUCCUAGCGCGCCACAGCCCCCAGCAGCAGCCUUUGACCGUCAGGGUGAGAAAGAGGACAAGCAGACGUUUCAGGUGGCAGACUGCCGCAGUCUUGUUAAAACUCUAGUGUGCGGAGUGAAAACCAUCACAUGGGGCAUCACCUCAUGCAAAGCCCCUGGAGAGGCUCAGUUCAUCCCGAACAAGCAGCUCCAGCCAAAGGAAACACAGAUCUACAUAAAGUUGGUCAAGUAUGCCAUGCAGGCUUUGGACAUCUAUCAGGUUGCCAAUAACCAACAAGCAUAUAUCAGGGUGGCCAACUGCCAAGCGGUACGCAUGAAGGAGGAGAAAGAAGUUCUCGAGCACUUUGCCGGCGUCUUCACUAUGAUGAACCCGCUUACAUUCAAGGAGAUUUUUCAAACUACUGUUCCAUACAUGGUCGAGAGGAUUUCCAAGAACUAUGCACUACAGAUUGUGGCAAACUCAUUCCUUGCCAACUUGUCGACAUCAGCCCUAUUUGCCACCAUCUUAGUGGAGUACCUUCUUGAAAGAUUGCCAGAGAUGGGCUCGAAUGUUGAGCUCUCCAAUCUCUACCUCAAGCUUUUCAAACUGGUGUUUGGCUCAGUCUCACUGUUUGCAGCUGAGAAUGAACAGAUGCUGAAGCCACACCUCCACAAGAUCGUCAACAGCUCAAUGGAACUGGCCCAGUCAGCCAAGGAGCCUUACAACUACUUCCUCUUCCUGCGGGCACUCUUCCGCUCCAUUGGUGGAGGAAGCCAUGAUCUCCUUUACCAAGAGUUCUUGCCUCUUCUACCGAACCUGCUCCAAGGUCUUAACAUGCUGCAGAGUGGCCUUCAUAAGCAGCACAUGAAGGAUCUCUUUGUGGAGUUGUGCUUGACGGUGCCAGUGCGUUUGAGCUCUUUGCUGCCAUACUUGCCCAUGCUAAUGGAUCCACUGGUGUCAGCCCUCAAUGGUUCUCAGACUCUAGUGAGCCAAGGGCUUCGCACCUUGGAGCUUUGUGUAGACAACUUACAGCCGGACUUCCUCUAUGACCAUAUCCAGCCUGUCAGAGCUGAGCUCAUGCAGGCUUUGUGGCGUACCCUCCGCAAUCCGGCCGAGACCAUCUCCCACGUUGCCUAUCGUGUCUUAGGAAAGUUCGGUGGCAGUAAUAGGAAGAUGCUGAAGGAGUCUCAGAGGUUGCACUAUGUGGUGACUGAGGUUCAAGGGCCCAGCAUCAAAGCCGAGUUCACUGACUGCAAAGCCUCAAUACAGCUCCCAAUGGAGAAGGCAAUAGAGACAGCCCUAGACUGUCUGAAGAGUGCCAACACAGAGCCUUACUACAGACGGCAGGCGUGGGAGGUCAUUAGGUGUUUCUUGGUGGCCAUGACCAGUUUAGAUGAUAACAAACAUGCUCUGUACCAGCUGCUGUCUCAUCCCAACUUCACUGAAAAGUGGAUCCCCAAUGUUAUUAUAUCUCAUCGCUACAAGGCACAGGACACGCCUGCCCGCAGAACUUUUGAGCAGGCCUUGACUGGAGCAUUCAUGUCUGCCGUGAUAAAGGAUCUGAGGCCCAGUGCACUACCAUUUGUAGCUAGCUUGAUUCGCCACUACACCAUGGUCGCUGUGGCUCAACAGUGUGGUCCAUUCCUAUUGCCGUGCUACCAGCUUGGCAGUCAGCCGAGCACAGCUAUGUUCCACAGUGAAGAGAACGGGUCAAAGGGUAUGGAUCCACUUGUUCUGAUCGAUGCCAUAGCCAUUUGCAUGGCCUAUGAAGAGAAAGAGCUAUGCAAAAUCGGAGAGGUGGCCCUGGCAGUCAUCUUUGAUGUGGCAAGCAUCAUCCUUGGCUCAAAGGAGAGGGCAUGCCAGCUUCCCUUGUUCUCCUACAUUGUGGAGCGUUUGUGUGCUUGUUGCUAUGAGCAGGCUUGGUAUGCCAAGCUCGGUGGUGUGGUGUCCAUCAAGUUCCUGAUGGAGCGGUUACCUCUUAUCUGGGUUCUACAAAACCAGUUGACCUUCCUCAAGGCCCUGUUGUUUGUAAUGAUGGACCUCACAGGAGAAGUUUCAAAUGGAGCCGUAGCAAUGGCUAAGACCACCCUAGAGCAGUUGUUGGUCCGCUGUGCCACUCCACUGAAGGAUGAAGAAAAAACAGAAGAACUCCUGACUGCCCAAGACAAAUCUUUCCACAUGGUAACACAUGACCUUGUUCGAGAGGUCACCUCCCCCAACUCCACGGUCAGAAAGCAGGCCAUGCACUCCCUGCAAGUGCUGGCCCAGGUCACUGGCAAAAGUGUCACUGUCAUAAUGGAGCCACACAAAGAGGUUUUGCAAGAUAUGGUCCCACCUAAGAAACAUCUUCUACGCCACCAACCUGCAAAUGCCCAGAUUGGCCUAAUGGAAGGCAACACAUUCUGCACCACCCUGCAGCCCCGUCUAUUCACAAUGGACCUUAAUGUUAUGGAGCACAAAGUCUUCUAUACAGAGCUGCUGAACUUGUGUGAGGCUGAUGAUGCUGCACUGAUGAAGCUACCAUGUUACAAGAGUCUUCCCUCUCUGGUGCCCCUCCGCAUCGCAGCUCUCAACGCUCUAGCGGCCUGCAACUACUUGCCACAGUCCAGAGAGAAAAUCAUUGCUGCUCUGUUCAAAGCCCUAAACUCGACCAACAGUGAGCUUCAGGAAGCAGGGGAGGCAUGCAUGAGGAAGUUCCUGGAGGGCGCCACCAUUGAGGUGGACCAAAUCCACACUCACAUGCGGCCACUGCUUAUGAUGCUUGGUGACUACCGCAGCCUUACGCUGAAUGUCGUCAACCGUUUGACCUCCGUUACUCGCCUAUUCCCCAACUCUUUCAACGACAAGUUCUGUGAUCAAAUGAUGCAACACCUUCGGAAGUGGAUGGAGGUGGUGGUAAUAACACACAAGGGAGGCCAGCGCAGCGAUGGAAGUCCUGCAUUGGAGGGCUCCGAGGAAAUGAAGAUCUGUUCGGCAAUCAUUAACCUUUUCCACCUGAUCCCCGCCGCACCUCAGACUCUAGUAAAACCUCUGUUGGAGGUGGUCAUGAAGACUGAACGGGCGAUGCUCAUAGAAGCUGGCAGUCCAUUCAGGGAGCCUUUGAUAAAAUUCCUGACUCGCCACCCUUCUCAGACAGUGGAGCUGUUCAUGAUGGAGGCCACUCUUAACGACCCUCAGUGGAGCCGCAUGUUCAUGAGUUUUUUGAAACACAAAGAUGCCAAGCCCUUAAGAGACGUACUGGCCUCCAAUCCCAACCGCUUUGUCACCUUGCUGGUUCCUGCUGGCACCGCUGCCACUGUGCGUCCUGGAUCUCCUUCCACCACCACGGCCAGAUUAGAUCUCCAGUUUCAAGCCAUUAAAAUCAUAAGCAUCAUUGUGAAGAAUGAUGAAGGCUGGUUAGCAGGGCAGCAUUCACUGGUGAAUCAACUCAGACGAGUGUGGGUCAGCGAGGCCUUUCAAGAGAGACAUCGUAAAGACAACAUGGCUGCUACCAACUGGAAGGAGCCCAAACUUCUAGCUUACUGUCUACUUAGCUACUGCAAGCGCAACUACUCAGAGAUAGAGUUGCUGUUCCAGUUGCUGCGGGCCUUCACGGGUCGCUUCUUGUGCAACAUGACCUUCCUGAAGGAGUACAUGGAGGAGGAAAUUCCCAGGAACUACUCCAUCGUCCAGAAGCGUGCCCUGUUUUUCCGCUUUGUCGAGUUCAAUGACCCACACUUCAAUGACGAGCUCAAAGCGAAGGUGCUGCAGCACAUCCUCAACCCGGCCUUCCUCUACAGCUUUGAGAAGGGGGAAGGGGAGCAGCUGCUUGGCCCACCGAAUCCCGAAGGAGAUAAUCCAGAAAGCAUUACCAGUGUCUUCAUCACAAAGGUUCUGGAUCCAGAGAAGCAGGCGGACUUGCUGGACUCUCUACGGAUAUGCUUGCUACAGUUCUCCACUCUGUUGGUGGAGCAUGCACCCCAUCACAUUCAUGACAACAACAAAUCCCGCAACAGCAAGCUACGGCGCCUUAUGACCUUCGCUUGGCCAUGCUUAUUGCCGAAAGCCUGUGUGGAUCCUGCCUGUAAAUACAGCGGACAUCUGCUUUUGGCGCAUAUCAUUGCAAAGUUUGCCAUUCACAAGAAGAUUGUUCUACAGGUCUUUCACAGCCUUCUAAAGGCCCACACCAUGGAGGCCCGAGCCAUUGUCCGCCAGGCAAUGGCAAUUCUCACUCCAGCUGUGCCAGCCCGCAUGGAGGACGGUCAUCAAAUGCUGACGCAUUGGACGCGCAAAAUCAUCGUGGAGGAGGGCCACACUGUACCACAGCUGGUCCACAUACUGCAUCUAAUAGUGCAGCACUUCCGGGUAUACUAUCCUGUUCGCCACCAUUUGGUGCAGCACAUGAUCAGUGCAAUGCAGCGUCUGGGCUUUACCCCCACUGUGACCAUUGAGCAUAGGAAACUGGCUGUGGACUUGGCCGAGGUGGUCAUCAAAUGGGAGCUGCAAAGGAUCAAAGACCAAUUGCCUGAAUCCGAGGGAGAAGUUGGGUCCAGUGGUGAAGGAACAAGUGGCACUGUAAAAGUAGGACUCUCCACAGACAGUGCCACUCCUGGACAAGAUGCGAAAAGAUUUCGUACAGCAGCUGGAACGGCCUCUACAGUGUUUGGUCGCACUCAGUCCAUGCCAGGCACAGAGACAAUGCUCAGUAAACCUGUUGACAAACAACAUACGGAUACUGUGGUCAACUUCCUCAUCCGAAUUGCAUGCCAGGUGAACGACAGCACCAAUGUCGCCGGUUCUCCGGGGGAGCUGCUUUCUCGUCGCUGCGUUAGCCUGAUGAAGACUGUCCUCAGGCCUGAUAUGUGGCCUCGCGCCGAGCUCAAACUACAGUGGUUUGACAGGCUGCUCAUGACUGUGGAGCAGCCAGCUCAGGCUAACAUCUCUAACAUCUGCACUGGAUUGGAGAUUCUCUGUUUCCUGUUGACAGUGCUGCUAUCACCUGCUAUUCUGUCCCACUUCAAGCCCCUCCAGAGGGGCAUUGCCGCCUGUAUGACCUGCGGCAACACCAAAGUCCUGCGUGCAGUUCACUCUCUCCUCUCUCGCCUUAUGAGCAUUUUUCCCACUGAGCCUAGCACGUCCAACGUGGCAUCAAAGUAUGAGGAGCUGGAAUGUUUGUAUGCAGCCGUGGGCAAGGUCAUCUAUGAGGGACUUACAAACUAUGAAAAAGCCACAAGCAACACCAAUCCCACACAGCUCUUCGGAACACUGAUGAUUCUUAAGUCAGCCUGCAGUUACAAUGCAAGUUACAUUGAUCGCCUCAUCUCAGUGUUUAUGCGGUCCCUGCAAAAGAUGGUGCGUGAACACCUGAGUCCCCAGCAAGCCAACCCAACGGUCACUGAGGCCAGCACUGUCACGAGUGAGCUGGUCAUGUUGAGCCUCGACUUGGUGAAGACUCGGCUCUCUGUCAUGAGCAUAGAGAUGAGAAAGAACUUCAUUCAGGUCAUUCUGACUUCGCUUAUUGAGAAGUCGCCGGAUCCCAAAAUUCUCCGUGCUGUUGUCAAGAUUGUGGAAGAGUGGGUGAAAAAUAAUUCUCCAAUGGCUGCCAAUCAAAUGCCGAAUAUUCGAGAGAAGUCCAUCUUAUUGGUAAAGAUGAUGACCUACAUCGAGAAGCGUUUCCCUGAUGAACUUGAGUUAAACGCCCAGUUCUUGGACCUCGUUAAUUACGUCUACAGGGACGAAAGUCUCUCUGGAAGUGACAUCACGUCAAAAUUGGAGCCGGCUUUUCUCUCCGGACUUCGCUGCACUCAGCCACUGAUCCGUGCAAAGUUUUUUGAAGUAUUUGAUGCCUCCAUGAAGCGGCGUGUCUACGAAAGGCUCCUCUACAUCUGUUGUUCUCAAAACUGGGAGGCAAAAGGUAGCCACUUCUGGAUCAAGCAGUGCAUCGAGCUGCUACUAGCAGUGUGUGAACGCAACACCAUCAUCGGCACUAGUUGCCAGGGAUCGAUGCUUCCGUCUAUCACAAAUGUCAUCAACCUGGCCGACAGCCACGACCGCGCCGCUUUCGCCAUGGCGACGCAUGUCAAGCAGGAGCCGCGCGAGAGGGAGACGAGUGAGACCAAGGAGGAGGAUGUGGAGAUUGACAUAGAAUUAGCACCAGGUGACCAAACCGCCAUUCCCAAGACUAAGGACCAGUCUGAAAGGGAUGCCGGCAACCAAUUGCACAUGCUUACGAACCGCCACGACAAGUUCCUCGACUCUCUACGGGAAGUCAAGACUGGGGCGCUGCUGAAUGCUCUUGUCCAGCUGUGUCACAUCUCUACUCCUCUGGCUGAGAGAUCUUGGGUGCAACUCUUUCCUCGUCUCUGGAAGAUUCUUUCUGACAGGCAGCAGCAUGCAUUAUCUGGAGAAAUGAGUCCUUUCCUGUGCAGCGGGAGCCACCAAGCCCAGAGAGAUUGUCAGCCCAGUGCGCUGAAUUGCUUUGUGGAGGCCAUGUCUCAAUGUGUGCCCCCCAUUCCGAUCCGUCCCUGUGUGCUCAAGUACUUGGGCAAAACACACAACCUCUGGUUACGAUCUACUCUUAUGCUGGAGCAGCAGGCCUUUGAAAAGGGACUCAGUCUUCACAGCAAACCUAAGCAAAGUACAGAGGUCUAUGAGCAGGAGAGUAUCACGCCACCUCAACAGGAAAUUUUAGAUUCCCUGGCUGAGCUAUACUCACUGCUCCAAGAGGAGGACAUGUGGGCAGGCUUGUGGCAGAAGAGAUGCAAGUUCCCUGAAACUGCCACUGCCAUUGCCUAUGAACAGCAUGGUUUUUUUGAACAGGCUCAGGAAAGCUAUGAAAAGGCCAUGGAGAAGGCUCGAAAAGAGCAUGAGAGGAGCACGGUUUCACCAGCUGUAUUCCCUGAGUACCAGCUCUGGGAAGACCAUUGGAUACGAUGUUCUAAGGAAUUGAACCAGUGGGAACCUUUGACAGAAUAUGGCCAAUCUAAAAACCAUUCCAACCCCUAUUUAGUGCUGGAAUGCGCUUGGAGGGUUUCCAAUUGGGCUGCCAUGAAGGAAGCUCUGGUGCAGGUGGAGAUGAGUUGUCCCAAGGAAAUGGCCUCAAAGGUGAACAUGCAUCGAGGCUACCUGGCCAUUUGCCACCCAGAGGAGCAGCAGCUCAACUUUAUCGAGAGACUAGUGGAGAUGGCGUCCAGUCUCGCUAUCCGGGAGUGGAGAAGGUUGCCUCAUAUCGUUUCACAUGUGCACACGCCACUUCUCCAGGCGGCACAACAAAUCAUCGAGUUGCAAGAAGCCGCUCAAAUUAACGCAGGACUGCAGCCAGCCAACCUAGGUCGGAACACCAGCCUCCACGACAUGAAAACUGUGGUGAAAACAUGGAGGAACCGACUUCCCAUUGUGUCUGAUGACUUGUCCCACUGGAGCAGCAUUUUCAUGUGGCGCCAGCAUCACUACCAAGCCAUAGUGACGGCAUAUGAAACUAAUACCCAGCAUGAUCCAAACAACAAUAAUGCCAUGUUGGGAGUUCACGCGUCAGCAUCUGCUAUCAUUCAGUAUGGCAAGAUUGCGCGCAAACAAGGUUUGGUAAAUGUAGCACUGGACAUUCUGAGUCGUAUCCACACCAUCCCAACAGUGCCCAUUGUUGACUGCUUCCAGAAGAUUAGACAGCAGGUUAAAUGUUAUUUACAGCUGGCUGGUGUUAUGGGCAAGAACGAAUGCAUGCAGGGUUUGGAGGUGAUAGAGUCCACCAAUCUGAAGUACUUCACCAAGGAGAUGACGGCCGAGUUCUACGCACUUAAGGGCAUGUUCCUGGCUCAGAUCAAUAAGUCAGAAGAGGCUAACAAGGCCUUUUCCGCUGCUGUCCAGAUGCACGAUGUCUUGGUGAAAGCGUGGGCUAUGUGGGGUGACUACCUGGAGAACAUCUUCGCGAAAGAUCGUCAGCUCCACCUCGGAGUCUCUGCUAUUACCUGCUACCUCCAUGCGUGCCGCCACCAAAAUGAAAGCAAAUCUCGCAAGUAUCUUGCAAAGGUACUGUGGCUCCUGAGCUUUGAUGACAAGGACACACUGGCAAACGCUGUGGACAAGUACUGCAUUGGAGUCCCGCCCAUCCAGUGGUUGGCGUGGAUACCACAGCUGCUAACCUGCUUAGUUGGUUCGGAAGGCAAACCUCUACUCAACCUCAUAAGCCAGGUGGGACGAGUUUACCCGCAGGCUGUCUACUUCCCCAUUCGUACCCUUUACCUGACGCUUAAAAUCGAGCAAAGGGAACGCUACAAAAGUGAUGCAUCCGGACAACAACAGCCUGCUUCAGUUGGGUCCCAGUCGCACUCGGGGGCGUCUGACCCAGGGCCCAUUAGGGCCACAGCCCCAAUGUGGCGCUGCAGCCGAAUAAUGCACAUGCAACGCGAGUUACAUCCCACCCUUCUUUCCUCCCUGGAGGGAAUCGUUGACCAGAUGGUGUGGUUCAGGGAAAACUGGCAUGAGGAGGUUUUACGACAGCUCCAGCAGGGCCUGGCUAAAUGUUACUCUGUGGCCUUCGAGAAGAGCGGCGCAGUGUCUGACGCCAAGAUAACGCCACACACGCUGAACUUUGUCAAGAAACUGGUCAGCACAUUUGGCGUCGGCUUGGAAAACGUUUCCAACGUGUCCACCAUGUUCUCCAGUGCUGCCUCCGAGUCGCUGGCACGUCGCGCUCAGGCAACUGCUCAGGACCCCGUCUUCCAGAAGAUGAAAGGCCAGUUUACGACAGACUUCGACUUUAGCGUGCCAGGCUCCAUGAAACUCCACAAUCUGAUCUCCAAGCUCAAGAAGUGGAUCAAGAUCCUGGAGGCCAAGACAAAGCAGCUCCCCAAGUUUUUUCUCAUUGAGGAAAAGUGUCGCUUCCUCAGCAACUUCUCUGCUCAGACUGCUGAGGUGGAAAUCCCCGGGGAGUUCCUCAUGCCCAAACCAACACACUACUACAUCAAGAUUGCCAGGUUCAUGCCUAGAGUUGAGAUUGUUCAGAAGCACAAUACUGCUGCACGCCGCCUCUACAUCCGCGGUCACAAUGGCAAGAUCUACCCCUACUUGGUGAUGAAUGACGCGUGCCUGACAGAGUCUCGACGCGAAGAGAGGGUCCUGCAACUCCUCAGACUACUCAACCCUUGCCUAGAAAAGAGGAAGGAGACCACCAAAAGACAUCUCUUCUUCACAGUACCGAGAGUGGUGGCGGUGUCUCCUCAGAUGCGGCUAGUGGAGGACAACCCUUCAUCUCUGUCACUGGUUGAAAUAUACAAACAGCGUUGUGCCAAGAAGGGUAUUGAGCAUGACAACCCUAUCUCCAGAUAUUAUGAUCGCCUGGCCACCGUGCAAGCCAGAGGCACACAGGCAAGCCACCAGGUCCUACGAGACAUCUUGAAGGAAGUCCAGGGCAACAUGGUGCCACGCAGCAUGCUAAAAGAGUGGGCCCUCCACACCUUCCCCAAUGCCACCGACUACUGGACCUUCCGGAAAAUGUUCACCAUCCAGCUGGCUCUAAUCGGCCUUGCUGAGUUCAUGCUCCACCUGAACCGACUCAACCCCGAGAUGCUGCAGAUAGCGCAGGAUACCGGCAAGCUCAACGUCUCCUACUUCCGCUUCGACAUCAACGACGCCACAGGUGACCUGGACGCCAAUCGACCGGUUCCUUUCCGCCUGACGCCAAACAUCUCAGAGUUCCUGACAACUAUCGGCGUUUCCGGUCCACUCACCGCCUCCAUGAUCGCUGUGGCACGUUGCUUCGCACAGCCCAACUUUAAGGUGGAUGGCAUCCUGAAGGCGGUCUUACGUGAUGAAAUCAUCGCUUGGCACAAGAAAACCCAGGAGGAUACUUCCAUGCCGCUGUCUCCGGCUGGCCAGCCGGAGAACAUGGACUCCCAGCAGCUGGUCUCGCUGGUCCAGAAGGCCGUCACUGCCAUCAUGACCCGCUUGCACAAUCUGGCUCAGUUCGAGGGAGGCGAGAGUAAAGUCAACACUCUGGUGGCUGCAGCAAAUAGCCUGGACAAUUUAUGCCGCAUGGACCCAGCGUGGCAUCCGUGGCUUUAA